ACGAAAUUCUAGAUCGGACCAAUGAGAACGCUCCGAACAAAGAGAGCAAAAAAAAAAAACAAAAGUAAAAAACAAAACAAAAAAAGACCCAAAAAUCUCUCUCUCUCUCUCUUUCUCUCUCCUUGUUGAUGAUCCAUGGGAGAGGAACUCGAAGAAGCAUAACCCACAACCACCUCGAUCGAUUAUUGGAUUGAUUGGAUUCGGAUUUGUGGCAGGCACACGAUUGUUGUCGUUUUGAGAUCGUGAGGAAUGAGAAUGUGAUGGUGUGGGCAUGGUGGGUGUCGUUGUCGUUUUGGCGCGGUGGUGGUAGGGUUGUUGCGGCGGUGGGGCUGCGGCGUGAACGACGAUGCAGCUUCACUUCUCGCCGAGCAUGAGAAGCAUCACCAUAUCGAGCAGCAGCAACAGCAACAACAACAAUGGCUUUAUUGACUUGAUGAAGAUCAAGGUCGCAGCUCGCCACAUUUCCUAUCGAACCCUCUUCCACACCAUCCUCAUCCUCGCUUUUCUCCUUCCCUUUGUUUUCAUCCUCACCGCCCUCGUCACCCUCGAAGGUGUCAACAACUGCUCCUCCUUCGAUUGUUUAGGUAGGCGGUUGGGACCGAGGCUUCUUGGGAGGGCUGAUGAUUCAGGGAGACUGGUUAGAGAUUUUUACAAGAUCCUUAACGAAGUGAAGGCUGGGGAAAUUCCUCCUGAUCUACAGCUGCCGGAUUCUUUUGAUCAACUGGUUUCUGAUAUGAAGAACAAUCAGUACGAUGCAAAAACUUUUGCAUUCAUGCUAAGGGGAAUGAUGGAAAAACAUGAGAGAGAAAUCAGAGAGUCUAAAUUUGCAGAGCUGAUGAAUAAACACUUCGCAGCAAGUUCUAUCCCUAAAGGGAUUCAUUGUCUGUCUUUACGUCUGACUGAUGAAUAUUCAUCAAAUGCCCAUGCACGCAAACAGUUGCCUCCUCCCGAGUUACUUCCUUUACUGUCCGACAACUCUUAUCACCAUUUUAUUCUGUCAACUGAUAACAUAUUGGCUGCUUCAGUAGUUGUUGCUUCAACUGUCCAGUCAUCUCUGAAACCUGAGAAGAUAGUCUUCCAUGUGAUCACGGAUAAAAAAACUUAUGCGGGUAUGCACUCAUGGUUUGCACUGAAUCCAGUCACCCCUGCCGUAGUCGAAAUCAAAAGCAUUCACCAAUUUGACUGGUUGACUAGAGAGAAUGUCCCAGUGCUUGAAGCUGUAGAAAAUCAAAAUGGGAUUAGGAAUUACUACCAUGGGAAUCAUAUUGCAGGAGCCAAUCUCAGUGACAUCAGUCCACGUAAAUUUGCAUCUAAAUUGCAGGCCAGAAGUCCAAAGUACAUAUCUUUACUCAACCAUCUCCGCAUAUACUUACCAGAGCUUUUCCCAAACCUUGACAAGGUGGUUUUUUUGGAUGAUGAUGUGGUGAUUCAGCGUGACUUGUCUCCGCUUUGGGAAAUUGACCUGGAAGGAAAAGUUAACGGGGCUGUGGAAACUUGCAGAGGUGAAGAUGAGUGGGUAAUGUCUAAGCAUUUUAGGAACUACUUUAAUUUUUCCCAUCCUCUCAUUGCAAGGAAUUUGGACCCUGAUGAGUGUGCUUGGGCUUAUGGAAUGAAUAUCUUUGAUCUGCAUGCAUGGAGAAGAACUAAUAUAAGAGAGAUAUAUCAUUCUUGGCUGAAAGAGAAUCUGAAGUCAAACCUGACAAUGUGGAAGCUUGGAACCCUUCCUCCUGCUUUAAUUGCAUUUAAAGGACUUGUUCACCCAAUUGAUCCCUCUUGGCACAUGCUUGGAUUGGGUUAUCAGAACAAUACCAAUAUUGAGAGUGUGAAAAAGGCUGCUGUUAUUCACUACAAUGGCCAGUCAAAACCUUGGUUACAAAUUGGCUUUGAACAUCUUCGGCCAUUUUGGACCAAGUAUGUCAAUUAUUCUAAUGAUUUUUUGAGGAACUGUCAUAUCCUGGAAGCAUAGUCUGCCAAUGUGGAGCACAAUGUUUUGUACAACAGUGAAUGUGAAAGGGACGAGUAAUAUUGGUUUCAUCUAAAUUUUUGCAGCUUGAAAUUUUCUUCAAGAUGAAUUUGACAAGGCAAAUAUAAAAUUGGUUGAGAGGGCAAAGUGAUAAAAAAACAUUGUGGGUGGAUUUCUUCCAUUCCCUACAUUUUUGCAGAUGACACAGUUACCAUUCCUGCUUGGUCUUAAAGAAUCAUUUGAGCCCUUGAGUUUUGACAUAGACACGUCCUCUAUUUUUGGUUUGUGAAAGGAUACUAUUAUUGAUCUUCUAUGGGACAAAUAUAGCAAAGAUUCCAUAGUUGAAUAUUGGAGAAUAAAGUGGAUGCUGGAGAUAAAAAAAAGUCAGGCUUGUUUCAUCAAUCUAGUUGGUGUUGAGAACACAAGUGCUAGAACAGUUAAUUUGUGAGGUUCCCCCCUCUAGAGCAGCGUUUUGUUACGGGUCCAUUGAAUUUGUGAGGUUACCCUUCAUUUUUUAGUUUCUUAUUUUUUGUUAGUAUCAAUUUUUACCUUCACCCACUUUGAUUUGAUAUCAUGAUGGUGAAUUCUAGGAGUAGUUCAUGAGAUUGCUUUCUUACGGGUCCAUUGAAUUGGGGAACUGUUUGUAGGAUAUAUAUAUUGUUAUUCAUUAUGUACGAUUACCAGACAUUUGAAAUGUGCAGAAAAUUCAUUUUUUUUCUCUUC